AGGAAAAGGGGAUUAUUCAAAAAAGAUGCUAUCGUCAUUUUAACUCGGCAUCGAAUGUUGUCCAUCUGCUGCAAAUCAAUCGAGACAAAACCAGACCAGGAAACUUAUAUCUAUACAUAUAUUAAUUUCUAUGGUCCCAUAUAUAUUACUCUGGCAAGCUCAGCUACCAAUAACCCUUUUGGACCGGCAGGGGGAAGAGCUCCAAAACGACAUUCUUUUAGCACUCUCUCUCUCUCUCUCUCUCUCUCUCUCUCAAUUUCUUGAAUCCGAGACAAUUUUUGCCGAAACUGAAGCAGACCCACAACCGAAUUACACUUUGUGACUGUGUCUGCAUAUUCAGUUGGUUCGGAUUUUUUCUAGGAUAGAUGAAAUCUGCUUUGGGAAAUGAGAAAUGGCUCGUUCUUUGGUGACCCAAGAAGCUGCCGUUUCGGAUAAUCUCAAAGGGUUUGUUCUUGCUACGGCUUCCGGUGCUUUUAUUGGGUCAAGCUUCAUUAUCAAGAAGUUGGGUCUUAAGAGGGCUGGCGCAUCUGGUUCAAGAGCCAGCUCUGGAGGUUACGGGUAUCUAUUAGAGCCGCUUUGGUGGAUUGGCAUGAUAACCAUGGUUGUUGGGGAACUUGCCAAUUUUGCUGCGUACAUGUUUGCUCCUGCCGCGCUCGUGACGCCUCUUGGAGCACUGAGUAUAAUUGUCAGUGCUGUUCUAGCGCACUUCUUUUUAAAGGAAAAGUUGCCGAGAAUGGGUGUUCUAGGAUGCGUUUUGUGUGUGGUGGGAUCUACAGUGAUUGUGCUUCACGCGCCUAGUGAACAUAGUCUGAGUUCAGUCGAUGAAAUCUGGGAACUAGCAAUUCAACCAGCUUUUCUUUUGUAUACGGCAUCAGCAAUUGCUGUAGUCUUGGUACUGAUGUUGUAUUGCGAACCACGCUAUGGACAGACAAACAUAAUGGUUUAUGUAGGAAUAUGUUCCGUUAUUGGAUCUUUAACAGUUAUGAGCAUCAAAGCUGUAGGCAUUGCUAUUAAGCUUACUGUGGAGGGUUCAAGUCAGGCAGCAAACUUUGAAACCUGGGUUUUUGUUAUGGUUUCAAUUUCGUGCAUAAUCAUUCAGCUGAAUUAUUUGAACAAGGCAUUGGAUACAUUCAACACAGCAGUUGUUUCUCCGAUUUAUUAUGCUUUGUUUACAACGCUCACUAUUUUCGCAAGUGCCAUUAUGUUCAAGGAUUGGUCUGGUCAAAGUGCUAGCAGUAUAAUAUCGGUGCUUUGUGGAUUCAUAACCGUGCUUUCUGGGACUAUGGUAUUGCAUAGCACAAGGGAGCCAGAGCCUGCAUCUUCUAUAGACAUCUAUGCGUCAGUGUCUCCUCAGGUAUCCAUGUUUUUCAAUGUAAACGGGGAAACCUGGAAACAGAAAGAUGAUCAUGACAUGUUCCCCAAUUUCGAAGCAAUUCUUAAACAAGACCACUUCCGGUAGAAUUAAGUCGGACAUAUCCAAGUUGAAGCAUCUUCCACACUGCAAUAGGAGGCCGACGCCUUAAGAGAAAUCAUCACUCAGCAUUGUUUUCUCCGAACUCAGUUUUCAGUAUGUUGGUUUGGAUGCUGUGGUGGCCUUUGUUCUCCUCCUUACAAUCCACUAGUGGUGGCGGCGGCUGCUUUUGCAGGGAGUAUAUUUACCUUCCGAUAUGCACUCAUGAAAAUUUUUGCAAUUUCUUUUUUUUUUGUUUUGGUCAUAGCCUUCUGUAAAUCAGUUGUAGCAGUGAAGUGGAAAUCUGGGAUGUACAUUAUUAUUACUAUUGUUUUCAUUUUUUUCAGUUGUUAAUUUUUGAAGGGCGGGUAACUGGGGACACCAUUUCGAGAUGUAAAUUGGUUAGACUUAUUUCUUUUUGGUGAAAGGAUAUUGAGUGAUAGAUUUGCAAGUCAACUUUUGUAGACAAG